AUGGCCGCCGUCACUCAAGCGACGGCUCCCAAGACGGCGCCCUCACGAGAGGAUGAAACUCUCCUCGUGCUUGCGCGAUUAAUGGAGGGUGGACAAGAGGAUGACGAAACAAUUCGCGACCUCGACCAACUCACGAAGCUGCUCAAUGAGGACACCCAGCUCAUCCAGGCCAAGGCCGGCGCCCCCACGAUAUGCAAACUCAUCGACGGUGACUGCGUCGACACCGUCCUGACAUAUCUCGACAUGAGACAGCCCGAGAUCGUCCGCGCACACGCCGUCAUCGCCACCUCCGCCUACCUCAAGGCCGCCGGCGAUGAUGGUGCCAAGAAGCUUUCUGGCUUCUUUUUCGACAAGAUCAAGAGGGGCACCUAUGACGACUACAUCGUUGCGUUCUGCGUCGCUGCCGCCACCUUCCCCGUUGUGCCCGACCUCACGGCAGAGCUAUUUCUCAGCGAGGGCUUCUUGAGCUCCCUCGGGCCUUUGAUGAGAAGGAAGUGGAAGAGCCGCAAGGUCGAGACCGCCUGCCUGGAGAUGCUCAACGCCGCCUGCAUGAAUUCGCAGUGCCGCGACGCUGUUAACAAGUACUGCACCGAGUGGCUCGAAGAGGUUGUUGACCAGGACCCCGACCAGAUCGCCAAGGAAAUGCAACAGGACCCCGAGUACUCGGCCAAGGAGGGCUCCAUCACCAUGCGCAAACACUCGGAGCAAGUCCAGAACCUCGCGGCCGUCAUCCUAGCGAAACUGAGGGCAGUGCCCUCCGCACCGGCGCAGAGUGAGGACGGGCGAGGGAAGAUUUCACCUGCAAUCACUACCAUCGAAGAGCUGUCGACGAGAUUCACCACCAUGCUCCUGAGUGAAGACGACCAUGGGCACCAACACUCUAUCGAGGGACUGGCCUACGCAUCGAUUCAGCCGGUAAUCAAGGAGAAGCUGGCAGGGAACGCUGACUUCUUGAAGAAGCUUGUUAAGACGUUGGCCAACGCUCCGCCCAAGUCGCCUGUGACCUAUGGAGCUCUCAGUAUUCUGGUGAACCUCACUAGAUACCAGCCCAGUCUGACCGAGGAGGAAAAGAAGAUGAACCAGCUCAAGGCCUACGCCGCCGCCGCUGGUAAGUCCGCCGGACCCGAUCCCCUCAACGACAACGAUCAUGUCACAGAACGAUGCAAGCGCGUCUUCGAAGCGGGCGUCACACCGGUCCUGGUGACGCACAGCAAGAAUGGCUCACCCGCGUCGCUCUCACUCACUGUCGCUAUCAUUUACUCCCUUUCAGUUACGACGUCGCUGCGUGGAAAGCUUGCCCAGCAGGGCGCCGUCAAGCUCCUCUUGGCGGCGUGGGCGACCCUGCCGGAGUCGGAAGCUGCAGGUCGUCGCACGGCCGCACAAGCUUUGGCGCGCAUUCUCAUCAGCACCAACCCGUCCCUCGUAUUCGGCGGAAGCCGCUCCAACCCGCAGAGCUCUGCGAUCCGGCCUCUCAUCUCCAUCAUUCCCCCAGACCCGGCCGCCGAGACCCGGGACCUCCUCCCGACCUUCGAGGCGCUCAUGGCUCUCACCAACCUCGCAUCCACUGAUGAUCUCGACACCAGACGGGCCAUUGUCCGGGUGGCGUGGCCGCAGAUCGAGGAUCAGCUUCUCAGCUCGAAUGCCCGGGUGUCCAAGGCCGCGGUCGAACUCGUCUGCAACCUCGUACAGGCCGCCGAAGGCAUGGCGCUGUACGCCGACGGUAGCCCCCAGGCCAAGGGCCGUUUGCACAUCCUCCUCGCCUUGGCGGAUGCUGAAGACGAAGGAACGCGCAGCGCGGCAGGUGGUGCGUUGGCAGCCCUCACGGGGCACGAGAACGUUGUGCAGGCCGUUGUGGAACGCGAGCGGGGCGUCAAGGUCAUACUCGACAUGUGCGCCGACGACAACGAGGACCUGCGGCACCGCGCUGGCUUCAUUGUCUACAACAUGGUGGCUGCCGAAGGCGCGCCCGGGGCCAACGCGCGGAAGAAGAUCGUCGAGGAGGGCGGUCUUGAGGCUCUCAAGGAGGCGGCCAAGAAGAGCCGGCGGGCUGAGGUGGUCGAGGUUCUGGUGCAGGCUUUGAAGAUUCUACUCGAGGACGACCGGGCGUUGGAAGGUUAG